AUGGACUCAAUGUACAAAGCUUUUGAAACAUUGCCCAAACGUCUUGACUCACUGGACGUAAAUAUUGGAAGAAAACUGGAUUUAGUAAAUGUCCAUAUCAAGAACGCAUCUCAGAGGACAACUGCUUUAGAAAUGCAAGGUAUGCAUUAAGUCGUGUAUAAGCGUGUGUCUUGUUUCAGCUACUCAUCUUAAUGUCUUUGAAGAAACUGAAGAAAGUGAACAAAGCUAUCGGAAGCCUUUUCUAAAAGGUUUGAUGGUUGAAUUUCACAAUUUUUCUUUGUAUCACCUACGUGUGUAAUCAGCCAUUUUAGCUCUUUUUUUUGUCGUGAUUGUCUACAGAUAACCAGGACUCAAUGUUCAAAGCCAUUGAAGCUUUGUCCAAGCACUUCGACUCCCUGGACACAAAUAUGGAAAGAAAACUUGAUUUAGUAAACAUGAAUGUUAUGAACAUGUCUGAAAGGACGACUGCUUUGGAAAUGAAAGGUAUGCAUAUUUACAUUGAUUUUCAACUUGAGCUGUAUUGCUUUUGUUUUAAUGCGGUUUGUGAUUGGUCUAUGAAGGAAACUUGGGCCUCUCUCUCAACCAAGGAGAUGCAAAAAGAGAAACAAGUCUGACUCAUUGAUGAACAUUUCUCCUACUUGUGGCUGUUGACGUUGAGUCACCAAUCCUCCCUUGUGACAUCAUUUCCCGGCCAUGUUACACCUGUAUUAGGUGGUCAGCCACGAAGAAUGGCUGAAUGUCCACAAUGUUCCACAAUUUUUCUUUGCACCACCUAUGUGUGUAAUCAGCCAUUUUAGCUUUUUUUUUGUCGCGAUUGUCUACAGAUAACCAGGACUCAAUGUUCAAAGCUAUUGAAGCUUUGUCCAAACGCCUCGACUCCCUGGGCACAAAUAUGGAAAGAAAACUGGAUUUAGUAAACGUGAAUGUUAUGAACAUGUCUGAAAGGACGACUACUUUGGAAAUGAAAGGUAUGUAUAUUUACAUUGAUUUUCAGCUUGGAAUGUAUUGCUUUUGCUUUGAUGCGGUUUGUAAUUGGUCUAUGAAGGAAACUUGAGCCUCUCUCCCAACCAAGGAGAUGCAAAACGUAAAAAAGUCUGACUCAAUAAUGGACAUUUCUCCUUCUUGUGGCUGUUGACGUUGAGUCACCAAUCCUCCCUUGUGACAUCAUUUUCCGGCCAUGUUACAACUGUAUUAGGUGAUCAGCCACGAAGAAUGGCUGAAUGUCCACAAUGUUCCACAAUUUGUCUUUGUACCACCUACGAGUGUAAUCAGCCAUUUUAGCUUUUUUUUGUCGUGAUUGUCUACAGAUAACCAGGACUCAAUGUUCAAAGCCAUUGAAGCUUUGUCCAAACGCUUCGAUUCCCUGGGCAAAAAUGUGGAAAGAAAACUGGAUUUAGUAAACGUGAAUGUUAUGAACAUGUCUGAAAGGACGACUACUUUGGAAAUGAAAGGUAUGCAUAUUUACGUUGAUUUUCAACUUGGAAUGUAUUGCUUUUGCUUUAAUGCGGUUUGUGAUUGGUCUAUGAAGGAAACUUGGGCCUCUCUCCCAACCAAGGAGAUGCAAAACGUAAAAAAGUCUGACUCAAUAAUGGACAUUUCUCCUUCUUGUGGCUGUUGACGUUGAGUCACCAAUCCUCCCUUGUGACAUCAUUUUCCGGCCAUGUUACAACUGUAUUAGGUGAUCAGCCACGAAGAAUGGCUGAAUGUCCACAAUGUUCCACAAUUUGUCUUUGUACCACCAACGAGUGUAAUCAGCCAUUUUAGCUUUUUUUUGUCGUGAUUGUCUACAGAUAACCAGGACUCAAUGUUCAAAGCCAUUGAAGCUUUGUCCAAACGCUUCGAUUCCCUGGGCAAAAAUGUUGAAAGAAAACUGGAUUUAGUAAACGUGAAUGUCAUGAACAUGGCUGAAUGUCCACAAUGUGCCACAAUUUUUCUUUGCACCACUUAUGUGUGUAAUCAGCCAUUUUAGCUUUUUUUUGUCGCGAUUGUCUACAGGUAACCAGGACUCAAUGUUCAAAGCUAUUGAAGCUUUGUCCAAACGCCUCGACUCCCUGGUCACAAAUAUGGAAAGAAAACUGGAUUUAGUAAACGUGAAUGUUAUGAACAUGUCUGAAAGGACGACUACUUUGGAAAUGAAAGGUAUGCAUAUUUACAUUGAUUUUCAACUUGGGAUGUAUUGCUUUUGCUUUAAUGCGGUUCGUGAUUGGUCUAUGAAGGAAACUUGGGCCUCUCUCGUAACCAAGGAGAUGCAAAACGAAAAAAAAGUCUAACCCAAUGAUGAACAUUCCUCCUAUUUGUGGCUGUUGACGUUGAGUCACCAAUCCUCCCUUAUGACAUCAUUUUCUACACAGUUAAACCUGUAUUAGGUUGUCACCCACAAAGAAUGGCUGGUGAUGACCAGGUAAGACAGGUUCCACGGAAAAGAGGUCAUAUAAAAACGAUGUGAAACGCCAAUUUGAAGCGCAAAAAUGUUACCAAUAUGCCAGUGGAAAGUACGCAUCUAACGCAUGUUCAAGGAAGUAAUGUAACACAAUCCGAUCGCAUCUAACCUUUGCUUGCGAAUGACUUGGUGAUCUUUGGCUUCAUUUCUUCGAAUGUACCCCACACAAACCCUCUAUCAACACACGUGGGGAACCUCCCGAGAAAUUCAGUAUUGUUUUCUAAAAGUAGACUUUUAAAAGUGUAAAAGAUUUAUUUGACAGUUCGAUUUAAUUUCAUUUAAAUAUACUUGCGAGUCAAAAUCUCAGUUCUUGGAAAAUCCCAGAUAUCUUUUCCUUACACAGAUAACCUUCAUUACCACUUUGCAAAUUAUGCGAAAAUUACAAUCACGCAGGGCAGUGUAACUUGGAAAUAAUACUUGGAAACAACAGUAAUCUCAUUGUGAAAUUCAUUUUGAUUCCAUAAGAAUCGAAAUUUGUUUGAAAAUUCACACCAUGAAUCAAUGUGUUUUAUGUCCCACACAUUUAUUAUUGAAAGAUCUUUGUUUAUGUCUUUUAAUUUCUUCAGGAAGACUGGCUCUAAUUAACAAAACAAUCGAGGCGUGGUACGCAAGUCCUCACUCGUUUAACAAAAGUGUCGUAAGGAAACUGGAUGUCGUGAUUAAGUCAAUCGAAGAGCUCUCUUUGCAAUUUAAGAACACAUCUGAAACGAUAAAGGCAUUGGCUAUGCAAGGUAUGUAUCUUUAAAAUAAUUUUCACUUGUGUGUUGUAAGCAAUGUAGGAUUGCUUGAUUUUGCUUUACCUUCCUAUGGAAACUCGCAUCACCCUAGCUAGCCUAUCAAGUAUUAUGAUGUAAAAAUGAUCAUGGUACAAUAAGAAAUGAGAAACUUAACAAACUUUCUCAAGAGAUUUAUUACUUUAUUAAUCUAUUCUCUUGACAUUUUUAUAUUCAUGCGUCUAUUUAUUUACAUGUAUCUAUCUAUCUAUCAGUCAGGAAAAUUUUUCCUCUGUUUUUUGAAUAUUAACUGCUGGCGCGACGAAUAACUUAAUAAGUUGUACAGCGCUCAUAACCAAUUAUUUGUGCACCGUGAAAAUUUUUUCUGCUUCUUUUAGCGGCCACUUGGGUGGUGAUAUUAAGCUUUUCACGCUUGAAAUCAGAAAUUUUGUAUGUGGUGUUAUGGGUAAUUGUUGUCGUAAAUGUAAGCUUCUAGAAAUCUCCAGAUACUAACAUGCGUACCAUAGAACUUUCUAGAACGUUUCAUCAAGUCACGGAGUUAUUAUGUAGUACUACUAAAAUAAUUCUUUUGUGAGCUUCUGGAAUAUUCCAGAACAUUUUAUGAACGUAACUAUAUUUAGUAGUAGAGUUAGUUGUUGUUGUUGUUGGAGUGAUGACUCUUUAGAAAGCUAUAUCGAGAGAGAGCGAUAUUGAGAGAGAGAGCUACAGUAGGAGAUUGUUAAUUUGAAGAAACGUUGGAGAAAACCGUGAGUUUGGGUCAGUGGUGACCUAAGAUACAGACUGUAGUGGGCUUAAUUAAGUUUAUUAACGAUAAGUAUUGUACUGUCUUUAGGAGAUACUCUUUACUCUUUGUAUAAUAAAGAAGUUGAGUUUGUAGGAUUGCAGUGUUUUUCUGUCGGUUAGAUUAUACCGUAACAGUGGGGUUGCAUAUUAUGCUCAUACCAAACAACAACAUUUCUUAGAAAGCUGUUGUUGUAAUCAGAGACUUGCUCGACCAUCGGUUUGAAAAAGGUAGAAGGUGACAGUUUUCCUGAAAACGUUAACUGUAAUCUAUAGAACUAUAACCUUUUGUUAUUGAACUACCCUUGUAACUUGCAUCAAAUCAGUAGUUGCACUAAAAAAAAUUAAAUCUAAAGACGAGUGCAGAACUUUUUUUAAAGAGGUCUCGAAAGCAGCGUUGACAAAUAAAAAAACUGAGUAAUUCUUCAGUUGCAGGAUACACUUUGCAAUUUCUACAUAAAGGAAACAAGGAUCACGUCAUCAUCACACGUGGUAUGCCAAACCUGUCAGCUGUGACAGUUUGUCUGUGGAUAAAAACCACUGAUAAUGGAAAUGGAGGAACACCCCUGAGCUAUGUUGUGUCUGGAGCACGCAAUGAGCUUCUCCUUUUUGACUAUAGAAAUUUUGAGGUUUACAUCAACAACCAUGGGAGGUUUGAGUAUUUCAUCUGA